AACAGCAUCACCCUCCAAAGGGGCUGCGGCAUGGGCGGAGUUUGACGAAACUAUUAAACUAAACACCAACACGCAGCAUCUUGUGAGUAUGUGUGGCCUCAGAGGGACAGACUGCGAUAGCUAGAAGGACAGCUUAAAAACUCCGGCAAGAUGAUCAAAUCCUUCAAGCAAACAUUUCUGUCCCUGGAUCUGCAGUCCCCUCGCUGGAGCUCAGUGGAGACAAUGGUGAAGGAUUAUGAACUGCGUCAGUAUGAGACGGCCAAGUGGGUCAGCACAGUCAUCCAGGGAGAGACCCAGAAGGAGGCGAUGCGCCAGGGCUUCUGGAAACUCUUCCACUACAUCCAAGGGAAGAACGAAAAAGAAAUGAAGAUUGAUAUGACUGUACCAGUGACAUGUCUGAUAAAAUCUGGCUGCGCAGACUUCAAGAUCUCUUUCUUUGUGCCAUUUGAACAUCAGGACUCCCCACCACAGCCAACCGACUCGGAUGUGUUUAUCGAGGAGCGCAAGGCAGCAGCUGUCUUUGUGCGGUCCUUUGGUGGAUUUGCCUCCCCAGAGAAAUAUGCUGAUGAAGCUGAAGUCUUGGCCAGAACCUUAAGAAACAGAGGCCAACCAUUCCAUGAAGACUUCUUCUAUACUGCAGGCUAUGACAGCCCCUUCAAGCUCUUCAACAGGCACAAUGAAGUGUGGUAUUUUAAAAAGUAAUACGGUGGGCAGGGUGGAAUAUUAGGAGGCUACUAAUCAGCUCUGGAUGAAAACAGACCUUAUUAAUGGCUUUUGCUUUAGUGCAGAAGAGAUUUAAUGUGCACAUGGACACAGCAUGAUGUCUAAUUUAUUUUCUCUAGGAUGAAAUACUUCUGUGGCUAAAAAAUAUUUCAGCUCUUUCUACAAGAUGUCAUUUAAGUUAGAUUGUACCAGCACAAGUGGGAGGGAGAUACGACAAACCUAUUCCUCUCAUUGAAAGCUCCUAGGAAACACUAAUAACCUGAAAAUAUUUCUACAGAACAGUUUGGACAUCUAGUUCUACUUCUCAUUAGAAGUGCUACAGCAAUAGCUCAAGUCUUAUGGAGAAUGACUUCUUCAUAGAGCUAACUUUGCCAUAUUGAUAUCACUCCUGAGACAACAAAGAGAUGGGGGAAAUUAAACAAAUUUUUUAAAGAAACCUACCAUUAAUGAGUUUUGGACAGCAGUAAUACCUUAGCAAGCCCUAGUGCCUCAUAUGCAGUAACAUUAUCUUUUUUAAUAGCAUUAUUUAAAUCCCCCACCUCUACACGCAUUUUUCGUCACGGGGGCUGGCCACUGUCUCGCUCCAGACUAAUGCCAGUGGCCAGAUUAAACUAAGAGUUCAGUGGAAAAGGGUUAACAACGUCCAACCUGUAAAGUUAUUCUACACACAUAAUCUGCACCGGAACAUGUAAUACCAGACUUACUGGUGGCCUGUCAUUUAGGAGCAAACACACAAGUAGCGUUUAGCUUUCACCUACAAAGUACUAAAGACUUGUUCAAUUACUUAGCUUUGUCCAAAUCUUGGUAUUGUGAGGUCAGCUGCAGCCCAACACCCAAGUUAGAAGACACUUGCAGGACUAGCAUUUGAACUAGUUUAGACCCUGCUCUAAAUCAAGCAUUUGAAGCUUUUAUCAAGUAGCCUGGAGCUGUUUUACAGCAAGCUGUUCAAGUCAGAAAACAGUUCACAACUACAGGUAGAGUUUACAAAUUUUUAUUGGUUCCAAUCAGUAUCAGGCAAACAUUACCAGUGUGGUAAAAACCCCUUCGCUUUUUAAUGCUGUUCAUGCAAGUGUAACCCAUAGUUCGGCAAUCUUCCACCUAUUACGACAGACAUAACCAUUAUAAGGCACCAAACCGGCACAAGAAGCUUGCUGGGAACAACUCAGACCUUAGAUUUUCAUCUCUUUUCAGAAAGAGAGAGUUCAAGGCAAAGGUUAUCAUCACUUGUUCCAGCAAAUAAAUUUCAUUAUUCCCACA